AGGGAAAUGGAGCCAAUGCAAUUCUCCUGAAUGCUGCAGCCGUUGAAUGCUGUUCCCUUUCAAGGUUAUCUCUUAAAAGCCAAAUGUGCUGACAUGUUUGGUUUGGUUUGGGUUUUUUGGUUGACUGCUUACUAGUCAUCUCAGUGGAAGUACAUACAGCAUAAUACAACAAAUUAACAGACUGAUCAGACCUGCCACCUUCUAUAGGAAGCAAGCUCUAACUCUUUAAUGUUCAGUUAUAAUUUUCAGUUGUAUUUGAGCAGAAUAGCUAGUUACUUGGAAGUGAGCCUGGGUAUUCAAACUUCAUCGCAUCAUUCAGAUUAUUUAACUUCAAAGGCACUAAUGUUUUGGACUACUUCCUUGAGUCCUACAAAGAGUAAAAACCAACAUGUCCUGCUUUGUCCCCUCCUUAAUGUACUUAAAAGAACAACACUUAAAGGUUUUACAAUGAGUACAGCAGUACAGAGAGUUAAACUUGUUCCUUUAGGUGACUUGUGCUACCAGCCAGUAGACCAGCUCCAGCCUAUCUGCAGUAUUGGCGCCUAUGGCAGAUUCAGGUUCUUCAAAAAGCAAGCUUUCCCUUUUUAAAAAGUGUUUAUCUUUUAUGGCUGCAAAGAAAACAGUCCAAAUGAAAAUAGUCUUUUGCAUUGUCCUGAAACUGAAUGCAGAAGACUUCAAAUGACUUAACACCUGUCAGUAUGUGGUAAUAUUCUGCAAUACAGAGUAUUGAAACCCCCUGGAGGAGGCUCUAGUAAUCUGUUUGGGAGCACAGAAGAAGUUUCAUCUUCCAGCAGACCACACAGGAUGACAUCUAGCAUCUUUGGAGCAGCUGAGGAACCUCAGAACUUUCCAAAAAGAACAAACCCUCCAGGAAGUGGUAUUUUCGAGGAUCCUAACCCUAUCCAGUCUCGUCAGCGCAUGAAUCCACCUGGUGGGAAGACAAGUGAUAUCUUUGGAUCUCCAGUACCCACCAGCCCUGUCCGAGCACACCCAAACAAACCCAAGGAUCACAUUGUCUUACAAGAGGGAGGAGAUGCACCCAAAGAACUGAAAGCUACAGAAAUCCGCAAACCACAGAUGGAAGACAGAGGUGAGAAGAGAGAUCUUGGGAAAGAAGAGCCAGGCCCCAAGAUAGAUGAUCAUGAGCCCAGACUGGGGCCAAGGCCACGGUCACACAACAAAGUCCUCAAUCCCCCUGGUGGCAAAUCCAGCAUUGCAUUCUAUUAGGAACAUUGACUUUCACUAAUGGAGUCAGCACAGAAACUUGAGUUUGUUUUCAAUUACUUGUUUGGCGACAGAUGCUUUAGGCAGGAGGAUGAGGACUUUGACUCACCUAAUCUAAACCGAGAACACCCUGAUGUUCAAGUCUACUGUAAAACCUCUUAGUUAUGGUGCUUAUGGAAAUAACUAAAGACUCUUAGGUGCUAGACAGUGCAGAGUUCUGCAGGACAGCUCAAAUAGAUGCAAGAGAAGUGUCCCUUUAUGGUGAGCAUUUAAAAAUACUGUUAAGCUUGCAGCCGGUUAGUAGCUCAGACUCUUGGACCGAAGCAUUUGGACUUGGGUGCAAACACAAUUAAAGAACUUUGACAAACUACAGUAGUGUAAAAUUAGAUUUGACAGCCACCUCAGAUUUCUAGUUAGCCAGCUUUAAUGUUCUAUCACCAGCCUCAUGUUACAGAUGCUUUAGUUUUUGCAGGGUUUUUCCUCCUGCUGUCCUGCAGAAAUAAUGGACUGUUCCACUUGUAUCCUCCAUAGUACAGUAGAUUUGUGUUUUUGUUUCUGUGCUGACUUUGUUAGUGAAACCUCCUCUGUUAGCCGUGGUUGCCUUUGACUGCCUCAGUUAUUGCUUGGUAGUAAAGGAUGAGCAACUUGGACUGUCCACACAUACUGGUAUAGCUGUCUUGAGGCUCUAGUCCUGUUCAUCUGCUUGGGACACUCUAAGGAUUAUUGCAGUACUCUUCUGACACACUGACUGUUAUGAAUUGUUUCCAGAAAUGUACAUUGUUUCCUAUAAUUGAGUAUGUGGGGUUGGGGGAUGGCUGUGGUUGAAAGAGGGUUCUCAAAUUUCAGUUGCUAAAUCUGACUGGACUUUCCUCAAGUAUAUCCAAAGUGUCAGUAGUUGAUAACACUAGAUGCUUAGGCUGUUGGUCACUUGUAAUAGGUUAAAAAAAUCACCGAUUACACAGAGGAGCAGUUCAGGAACACCAAAGAUCAAGUGUCCUUUUCCACAGAAUGGCUCCAUGUACCAGUCCCUGUUCUAACCCAGGUUCAUUGAAAACUGUUUGUGACAAACUGUUCUGUGUCUUGGCUAGGUGCUACAAUAGGUUAGAGGUCAUAGUAACUGUUGAAGUGCCUGUCAAAGAUGCUGUUUAACUUACAGAAGUGAAAAUCCCCUUUUUACAGGGUGGAUGUGCAGAAAUCUUAAUACCUGCUGUGCCUCUGUCCCACAAGAGGCUUGGCUCUCUGUUGUAAGAGAAUGAUGAUCGAUACUGAGGGAGGUUAAUCCCAAUACAUCUGUUAUAUUGCGGGGAUACAAAUCUAAAACAGCUCCUAGCUGCUGUUCCUCUCUUGCUUAUCUGGUUCAGUUAAUAAGUCAGGGGGUUUCAAACUCCCAGCCUGUUGGCCAUCUAUGGGCUAGAGUAUAUUCACAAUCCAGUCCAGGAGACCCAGCAGCUGGUGGUGGUAGAGUGUCUGAAUUCAUUCCCCAAGCCCACUCUUCUGCCCUGGCUUCAUUUUGAAGGGUUUGUUUGGGCAAGUCAGUGAGCUUAGACUCAAAGCUUGGUAUCUUACAGACUAACUGGAGCUUAAGUAUCAGUGUGAUUUGUACAAGGCUUGUUUUGAACAGCACUUUCCAGUGAAGUCUAAACUACAGUGGACUUGUCUUCAUGGUAUUGGCUAGCAGUUACCUCAUUGGAUUACAUCCUUUGAUCAGUGUCUCAAGUCUGAGUUGAUAAGGACACUUCAUUUUUAACAGGGGCAGAAAGGGAAUGGAACUUUGUGUUAAUUGAUAAAUCAUGGACUUCUCAAUAAAUCACAGUAUUUUGUUAUUUCACUGUGUGUAGCUGGGUCCUCCUGUAAAUAAGUUACUGUUGGGUCUCUAAAAAACACUUUAGCCUGUGAUCAAAUUCUAUAACAUUUCUUGUGUAAUACAAUAAGGUUUCUCAAACACUUCUCCUUCCUACCCUAGCUAACUGUAAAGGUGCUUUAUCCUCUUAAAUGGGGUGGCAGGCUUGCCUCCUUGUUAGAGAAGCAGUUAUCCUGGAGCAGGCCUGGAAUCAAAAUUUGCACUAGCAUCCUCUAUAAUGGAUAAAGAAUGAAAGUGCAGCAGCUUCCAACAGUGUCUUUUUAGAUGAGUUUUUCUGCUGUCUUGUCUCCUUUUCCAUAAACCUUAAAAUUGUCUGAUGUUGCCUUUAAUUACUUUGCUACUGAGUGUCUACACUUGUCUCUACACAUUGAUUCGUAUUUGUGAAAAUUCAUACUUGUAGCCUUUUCUUUAUUGGAACAAAUGUAAGGGCAUAAAACUC